AACACGACACCCGGAGGACGGAGAGACGCACGGGGGGGAGGAGAGAGCAGCACUGAAUGGUGUGAGAGAGAGUGGAGAAAAAGUCCGUAAAGAAAGAAAGAGAGUUUCUUCUUCUCCAACGUUAAUUCGUGUCAAAGCGUUUUGCGGCGGAGUGAUGUCAAACAGCGACGAAGAUGCGGAGUAAACAGCUUCCGGACAGUUAGCGAAACUACUUGUUCAAAGAGGCACCAUUUGGGACGGUUGGUCGUUUUCCGGCGCAGAUUUCAACGGUCCAAGUUACUAGGAGCAACAACGAGGUGUUGACGGUCGGUUUGGACGGUUGGCAGAGAACCGGGGACCCGGACCGAGAGAGCGCGCGGCGGCGGCGGCUCGCGAAGAAAGAGCCGCUGAAGCUACAAAAGUUUGCCGUGUUUCUUCACCUACUUUUCCCAGAUUGCAAACUAGAGAGAAGGGGGGGGAGGAAAAGGCCCAGAGACUGACUUUUCUUUCCACGGGCAACUUUGUGGAAUUCACCACCAACUUUAGCAGCUCGCUGUUCGAAACUAGAACAUGAAAACACCUGGAGAUAAUGGGAUCGCUUUCCCAGAGUGGGCUUACAAGCCAGAGUCGAGCCCCGGGUCCCGACAGAUCCAGCUGUGGCACUUCAUCCUGGAGCUGCUCAGGAAAGAAGAGUAUCACGAUGUUAUCGCCUGGCAGGGAGACUAUGGAGAGUUCGUCAUCAAGGACCCGGAUGAGGUGGCCCGGCUGUGGGGGGCCAGGAAGUGUAAACCCCAAAUGAACUACGAUAAGCUGAGCAGGGCUCUCAG